AGGUGGUAGCUGCAGCUAGCCACCAGCUUCUGAACCUUGUCACUGAUUGAAAUAAAAAGAGAAGAAUGUCCUCUUGAAUCAUUGAGAACUGAAAUCUUUGCCUUUUGUAAGCUCGCCAGAAACUAGCUUUUUAUUUUUAUUAUUAUUAUUAUUAUCUUUAUUAUUUCUAUACCAUCUCUAGCCAUGGGUUCCAACAUGGCUUUUCUCUAUGCUGCCACUAUCGGCGAUGCAACUACCAUUGAGAAUGAAUAUCUUAAAGACAAGACAGUCCUCACUGCCAAGGAUGCCGACGGCCGAACAGCCCUCCAUUUAGCAGCACUUCACAAGGACGUCAAAGUCCUCGAACUGCUACUCAACUAUGGGAUCCAGCCAUCAACCACCGACAACCGCGGCCAAACUGCAUUACACAUCGCAGCCCAGCUAUCCUCCCUCCCCAUCGUCGAACUCCUCCUCAAGAGAGGUGCCCAUUGGUCGAUCCGGGACCAUGACGGAAAUACAGUCCUCUCCUACGCCUACCAACAAUAUUCCCCUGAUAUCCUGAGCUGUUUCCUUCAAUACACACCCGCCCUUCCCACAGAGAUCCCCUGUGGACUGACGCCAGAGAUCGUUCUUCGAUCCUCCGCGAGCAGGAAAUGGACUCCUAUCCAGAUCAGUGUCAACGCGCACGGCCGCUAGGGUUUGUGGAGUUAUUAUCGACCACUUUCAAAGCAAAAAUAAUACUUCCAUACACUUCGGAAACUUGAGUUUUGCCGAUAAACAAGUGAUGAUCAGUUAAUUCACCGG